AUGUCCGACACCGAGAUCAAAAGUUCGCCCGUGGGCUCACCAGUGGAGGAGAGAGCGGCCGGCAAGAAGAGGGCUAGGAUCGUGGACCCAGAUGAGACCGACGAGGAGGACUAUGAUAAUGCCCCCGAGGAAAAUGAUGGAGGAAAGGAACGAAAAGAAGAAGAAGAGGAGGAGCCGAGCAGAAAGAGAAGCGGCGACGAUGACGAAGACGACGAGGAAGACGAAGAGGAUGAAGAGGACGAGGGCAGAGGCCGUCCGCGGAAGAGACCCAAGAAGAACAGCAAAUUCAGGUUCUUGGAUGUUGAAGCCGAGGUUGAUGAUGAGGACGAAGAGGAGGAUGAGGAUAAUGAUUUCGGAGAUGUGGCGGAAUUCAUUGACGAGGCCCCCGACGAUGCUGUGGCCAGGGAUGAUCAGCAACACCGACGCCUUGAUCGAGUGUUCGGGCGGAACGAAGAUGAGGAUGUGCACGACAUUGUUCAGAGAUUGAAGGAGAGGCAUGCUGGAUCGGGAAUGGCGAGGUACAAUGGAGACAGUGAUGCGGUCCCUCAGCGAUUGCUCAUGCCUGGUGUCAAUGAUCCCAAUUUGUGGAAAGUCAUUGUCAAGGCUGGCCGUGAACACGCUAUCUGUGCCUCCAUCUUCAGGAAAGUCUUUGCCCAACAAUAUUCUGCCAAUCCCAUCGACGUCAUCUCUGUCUUUUGCCGAGACUCCAUUCCCGGAAUGAUCUUCAUUGAGGCCCGACAGUCGGCAGCUGUCAGCGCUGCCGUCAACGGUAUUGUCGGUAUCUUCAUGUCUAGAGGAGUCUCUCUCGUGCCCAUCGAGGAAAUGGCACCCCUACUCAAAAUGAAGAAGAAGGACGUCAACUUGACACCGGGCAUGUGGGUCAGGAUGAAGAGGGGCAAACACGCCGGCGAUUUGGCGCAGGUGGUCGAUGUGGACCAAAUCACGAGUGGUGUCGUUGGCAUCAAAUUCAUCCCUCGUAUAGAUUUGACCCCCAAAGAUAAAAGGAAGGAGCGAAUCGCUGCUGGAAAACCAGGUGGCGUGCGACCCCCGUCCCGCCUCUUUGCCUACGACGACGUGCGAAAGAUCUAUGGCCGACAAAGUGUCCGUCAAGGGCCCCAAGGAAGCUACCAGUUCGAGAAUGACGAAUUCAUCGACGGUUUCUGUAUCAAGGACGUCAAGAUCCCUACUGUCGCCACAGAGGACGUCAACCCGUCUUUGGAAGAGAUCUCCCGAUUUACGGGUGACGACGAGACAACCGCCAAGUUUGACCUCUCCGCCAUUGCCGACGCCAACAAAAACUUGACCACUUCACUGCUGUUCCCUGGAGACAAGAUAGAAGUGUACGAAGGCGAACAGACGGGACUGUACGGCAUUGUUGAAACAGUCACGCCCGAUGUCAUCGCUGUCAAAGCAGAAGGCGGCGAAGUACACGGUCAGAUCAUCGAGGUACCCGCCAGGAGUGUGAGAAAGAGAUUUGAUGUUGGUGAGCACGUGAAGGUGCUGGGAGGCAAGCAUGUGGAGGCUUCCGGUAUGGUCGUCGAGGUCAAGGGCGAUAUCAUCACCUUGAUGUCCGAUCAGGGCGAGCAAGAAAUCAAGGUCUUUUCUAAAGAUUUACGAAAAGCUGCCGAUACCAGCAACCUCACCGCCACCCAAGGUCUUUACGAUGUGCAUGACAUGGUCAUGCUGGAUUCCACGACAGCCGCCGUGGUCACUAAAGUCGAAGGUGGUUUGUUAAGGGUUAUCGAUCAAAACGGCGCACCCCAAAGCGUAUCUCCCGAACAAGUGACUUUGAGACGAGACAACAAGCGCUUCGCUGCGGCCACUGACUCUCAAGGAAAUGAGAUGAAGGUCGGAGACAACAUGAAAGAGACCGAGGGCGAGUCGCGCCAGGGUGAAGUCAUCAACAUAUUCAGGUCUCUCUUUGUCUUCUUGUAUAACCGAGAGUAUACCGACGACCACGGCGUCUUUGUUGCUCGUGCAGGCUCUCUCAUAUCUGUCACCCCCAAGUCGGCGGUCAAUGACCUUGGCAAGAUCAACCCAGCUCUUAAUCAACAGCUUCCCUAUGGUGGCGCCAGUCUGAUGCCUGCACCUGCUGUCAACGCCAACAGGAACAGAUUGAUCAAUACUCUGGUGGUAGUGACCAAGGGCACCAACAAGGGUUUGAUUGGUGUUAUCAAGGACGUCCAAGGUGAGACUGCGAGAGUGGAACUCAAGACAAGCAACAAGACAUUGUCCAUCGCUCUAGUAUCAUUGAAACGAAAAGACGCAAAGACCGGUGCUACCUUCCCUCUGGAAUCUGGGGGCAGCUUUGCUGCUCCAGGUGGGUUCGGUGCACCUCGCAACAACCCUUACGAUGUCGGACCAUACGGCGGACAGACAGCGAUGCACCCUUCAAUGGGCGGUGCCACCCCUGGACUUAUGGGCGGAAAGACACCUGGUGCUCGUUUCGGGCAAACACCCAAUCCAUAUGCUGCGGGCGUUGGCAAUGGCAAGACUCCCAACCCCUACGCUUCGGCGGCUAGUGGUGGCAAGACGCCUGCGGCUGCUUACGCUGCGGGUGGCAAGACACCGGCUUGGGGCGCCAACGGCGGCAAGACACCAGCGUAUGGUGCAGCGAAUGGGGGAAAGACUCCUGCCUGGGGUGGUGCUGGUGGUAUGGGCGGCAAGACGCCUAAUCCUUAUGCCAUGGGCCCUGGGGGCGGUCGCACUCCUGCUCACUCUGGCUACGGUGCCUCGAGCAGUUCGAGACCAUAUCAACCCAUGCCGCCGCCUCCAAACCCUUACGGCGCGCCUACGCCAGCUGCCAAUGGGGCCCCUACUCCUGCCGUACCAUUCAAUACCUACACUGCACCAACACCAUACGGUGCUCCUACGCCGUUUGCUGCACCUACACCAGGCGCCGGCCUCUCUGCUCCCACGCCUGCUGCUGGUGGACCUAUGCAUGGCGCUCCAACACCGUUUGGAGCUCCUACGCCAUAUGGUGCACCUGCUUAUGGCGCAGGUCCAUCACAAGCACAAUCAGUAAUGGAUUACGACUGGGCUCUCGACUUCCGAAACAUCAUCGUCGAGAUCGGACAGUCCUCCUUGCGGAGCUCGCGUAAUCCUUUGCAUUAUAAACGCGGUGCUUUUGAUGGAAGGAAAUUUGGCUAUGAGAACGUCAAUGGUGAGAACUGUGUCUGCGUACAGCUUGACGACCCCUCGGUGGUUGAAGAGAUCCCCGCCGAGUACCUUCGUCCAUCCAAGCCCGAUGGACAAGGACAGGUGGUCGUUUGUAUCGGUGGGGACUUCAAGGGCCAGCAGAAGGUCACGCAGUAUGAGAAUGGCGGUUCUUGGAUGAUGGAUACUGGGGGUGAUCUGGCGCCGCUGGUCAUUGAUGGGAAUGACUUGUGUAGGAUCUGGAAGGUGUAG